CUUUGCGGCGGCGGGAGAUGCGGGAGACUGCGGACAACCGGCGGGCUCGGCUCGGCGGCCGCCGCCGCCUUCUCCGGCUCCGCCGCGGGGGUCGCAGCGGCUGCCGCGCCAUCCUCAAGUUCCCAGCGUGAGGAGUUGGCCGAGGAGGGGAGCUUUGCAUUCGAGACCGUGAGCGAAAGGGAGCCCCGCGCGGCGCGUGGCCUGCCCACUGCUAUGGACAGUGCCAUUACCCUGUGGCAGUUCCUUCUUCAGCUCCUGCAGGAGCCUCAGAAUGAGCACAUGAUCUGCUGGACCUCUAACAAUGGGGAGUUCAAGCUUUUGCAGGCAGAAGAGGUUGCUCGUCUCUGGGGAAUUCGCAAGAACAAGCCUAACAUGAAUUAUGACAAACUCAGCAGAGCCCUCAGAUACUAUUAUGUAAAGAAUAUCAUCAAAAAAGUGAAUGGUCAGAAGUUUGUGUACAAGUUUGUCUCUUACCCAGAGAUUUUGAAAAUGGAUCCAAUGACAGURGGUAGGAUUGAGGGAGACUAUGAAACUUUAAACUCCAGUGAAGUCAGCAACAAUUCCAAAGAUGUGGAGAAUGGAGGGAAAGAGAAACCACCUCAGCCUGGUGCCAAGACCUCUAGUCGCAAUGAUUACAUACACUCUGGCUUGUAUUCUUCAUUUACUCUCAACUCUUUGAACACCUCCAAUAAGAAGCUUUUCAAGUCAAUAAAGAUGGAGAAUCCUGCUGAGAAACUGGCAGAGAAAAAAUCUCCUCAGGAGCCAACACCAUCUGUCAUCAAAUUUGUGACAACACCUUCUAAGAAGCCUCCCAUUGAACCUGUUGCUGUCACCAUUUCAACUGGCUCAAGUAUUUCCCCGUCUUCUGAUGAAACUAUCCAAGCAUUGGAGACAUUGGUUUCCCCUAAACUGCCUUCCCUGGAAUCCCCAACUUCUGYAUCCAGCGUAGCUACCAGUUUUACCCCUACACCUCCUGUUCCGUCCAUUCCCCCUUCUUUGAAGGAGCUUCCUAGGACACUUUCUCCACCGCUGGGCUCCAACCCAGACAUUGACACAGACAUUGAUUCAGUGGCUUCUCAGCCAAUGGAACUUCCAGAGAACUUGUCAYUGGAUCCUAAAAAUGAAGAUUCAGCUUUGCCAGAAAAGGACAAAACAAAUAAUUCAUCAAGAUCCAAGAAACCCAAAGGGUUAGAACUGGCUCCUACCCUUGUGAUUACAGGCAGUGACCCAAGCCCACUGGGGAUAUUAAGCCCAUCUCUCCCUACAGCUUCUCUUACACCAGCACUUUUUUCACAGACACCCAUCUUGUUGACUCCAAGCCCCUUGCUCUCCAGUAUCCACUUUUGGAGUACUCUCAGCCCUGUGGCUCCCCUGAGUCCAGCCAGACUGCAAGGUGCUAACACGCUUUUCCAGUUUCCUUCUGUACUGAACAGUCAUGGGCCGUUCACUCUUUCUGGCCUGGAUGGACCUUCUACUCCUGGCCCAUUUUCCCCAGACCUGCAGAAGACAUAACCUACGMACUUGUGAAGUGAGAGAACCAAGGAACAAAGAAAUAGACACUCGACAUGAUUGYGUUUGAAGUGAGAGAUCCAUAGUUCUACAAUGCUGAUAAUAUACAAUUGUGAUUUUUGUCAUUUCCCACUGAAAUACCUUUUUAGGAUUCCCUCCCGUURGGACUCAAUUUGGAUUAUAUGUAAAAAUGCCUUAAUUGGAGUCAAACCUCCCUCUCUCUUCUUUUUUUUUCUUUUAUAUUUUGAGCUUUGUGUUAAAGUAAUUUUGGUGGGGUUUAGCAGCAAUGCUUUGCAAGAGUGGUUAAGAAUAGAGUUAACUCCUGGCCAUUGGGACCCAUUGACCAGGAGAAAAAAAUUAAAGAAAUGUUAGGUAAAUGAAAUUGGCCAUAUCUUUAGGACUAAGUGUGCUCUGUUGAAUGAGUAAAUGUGAGUUUUUUAAAGCAGUGGGAGAAAAAGAACCAUUCCUCUUCAUACACAGUAAGAUUGGUGUAGUACUACGGAGGAGAUUUUGUUUUGUGCGAACUGCAACAUGUAUAAGCAACUCCAAAGAAAGGCAUCUUAUCUCCAAAGAAAGGCAUCUUAUUUCCAUUUAUUCUGGGUGGGUCUCUUAGCUACAUGCAUGGUCUUCUCUGGACCUGUCAACAGGGCUUAGAGCUAGUCUAUUUCAACAUAAGAUAUUCAACUUAGGGUAUAAUAUGGUUUUUAGAACAUUCAGUGAGACUGUGGGGACACCCCCCCCCCCCAUACACACAGACAUCUAGCACAGUAACGUCUUCUCUCUAAACAGUGAUUCCAUACCCAUAGAAURCAGCAUGGCACAUGAUGACUUCUAGGAGGGUGGACUUGGGUUUUGAAAAUUGGAAGCAUCUCUAAAUUAAAGGUUUGAUUACCUUGAAGCAACACAUGGGGCUUUUCCCAGUUAGAAGAUAGCCAAAGAGAAAGAAUCUUGCUCCUUCCUAUCUGGUUUACCCCAUUUCCUGCUGUAUAUUUAGCAUCUUUCCUUUUAAACCAGAGGUUAUUAGGGGUUGUGACAGUGUUCGGAUGUAAUUAGGAAGGUAGACUGCAAAGAGAAGCCUUCUAAUCAGUAGUGAGACAAAGAUGUGCUUGUUUCUUUCAGUUUCUCUCUCUCUCUUUAGGGAAGAACAGAUUUCAUUUGGCAAUGCUCAGACAUAGUGAUUGCAUUGUUAGACCUUCAUCUCUAUAUUAUAAGAUUUAUAAAAUAUUACCUUAGGUAAGUCAAUGCCAGGUGUGGACAGAUAGCUUGAUUCCCAGACUGAGUUACACCAGUAUCACAGUGGAAUCUUUUGAGAAGUUUGGCUUUAAAGUCCAGGACUAAAUUAACAUGCUUCCACCACCACUGUGCCCAUUAAACUAGUCUCUUAACCUUGUAGUUGAAUCAUGGGAACUAAGUGGAAUGAGGGAGUAAGACUUGAGGGCUCAACAUGACACUGUUACAAGCCAGCAUCUUCCAGAUGCACAUUAUUUGCUUUAAGUUUUAUUUACAUACCGUGUAGAAAAGCUUUUGUGUAACAUACUGUGCUAUCUUAUCUCAUUAGCAGUGGAAGGAAAGUCCUCGAUGAGCUGCCUCUGAAGGUGUGUGUUGGGGACCUGUUACUACUUUGUUGGUAKUUACCAGCUGAACGUUCUGUUCCUGAGAUGUGCAAUAGUAGUGUUGGAAGGUAGUGGUCAGUAGUGAUGGGAACAGACAUUGGACUUUCUUCCCAUAUUGAAUUAUUUAGCUUUCAUACCUGUUUUAAAUUAGAUCCCUGAGCAGCUCUUUGGAAUAGUUUUAUUAGGCUAACAUUUUGUAUAGUAAUUAAUUAUUGAUGGUUGAUUUAAAUAGAUGUUUUAAAUUCUGAAAGCACAAAG